ACCAUUCAAUUUUCUUCUUCGAUUUUUAUCUUCUUUCUCCAAAUCCAAACCCUAGAAAUUUCAUCUUCCAUAAUCUCAAAUCUUACCCUAAAUUUUCUCUCCAAAAUCCCUCCUUUUUCAGAUUAAGAUCCUCACCCGAUCCAAUUCUCUACAGAUCGGGUUUCGAUUCUCGAUAAUUUCAUUGUUGCUGAUUCAGUUCUCGUGGCUCUCGUAUGGGUAAGAUUCUGAGAGAAACAUCGAGGCCUUCCUCAACUUCGUCACCGGGAACACCUUCUACCGGUCCGGCAACCACUUCGUCGACGUCGAUAACCGAAACGGUUAAAGGCUCGCACCGGUUCAAGAUAACGGGGUAUUCGUUAUCGAAGGGGAUUGGAGUUGGGAAGUACAUAGCGUCGGAUAUAUUCUCGGUGGGUGGGUACGAUUGGGCGAUCUAUUUCUACCCUGAUGGGAAGAGCGUGGAGGAUAAUGCUACGUAUGUGUCGCUUUUCAUCGCGCUUGCGAGUGAAGGGACUGAUGUUAGGGCGCUUUUUGAAUUGACACUUUUGGAUCAGAGUGGGAAAGAGAGGCAUAAGGUUCAUAGCCAUUUCGAGAGGACGUUGGAGAGUGGACCGUACACCUUGAAAUACCGAGGGAGCAUGUGGGGAUACAAAAGAUUUUUUAAGAGAACAUCACUAGAGAUAUCAGAUUACCUUAAAGAUGAUUGUCUUAGUGUUAAUUGUAGCGUUGGUGUUGUGAAGUCACACACGGAGGGCCCUAGAACAUUUUCUAUUGCAAUAUCGCCUUCUAAUAUUGGUCACCAGUUUGGGAAGCUACUAGAAAGUGGAAAAGGCAGUGAUGUGAGUUUUGAGGUGGAUGGUGAAACUUAUGCGGCUCAUAAAUUAGUACUAGCAGCUCGAUCAGCUGUUUUUAGAGCUCAGCUUUUUGGUCCUAUGAAAGAUCAAAAUACCCGGUGUAUUAAAGUUGAAGAUAUGGAAGCUCCGGUUUUCAAGGCAAUGCUUCAUUUUAUAUAUUGGGACUCAUUGCCUGACAUGCAUGAGCUUACUGGGAUUAACUCCAAAUGGGCAACUACCUUGAUGGCUCAGCAUCUGCUAGCAGCAGCUGAUCGAUAUGGCUUAGAUAGACUUAGGCUCAUGUGUGAAGCAAGUCUAUGUGAAGAUGUUGCAAUAAACACUGUAGCUACAACUUUAGCUUUGGCAGAGCAGCACCAUUGUUUCCAACUGAAAGCAGUCUGUCUGAAAUUCAUUGCAAGGCCUGAAAAUCUUAGAGCUGUGAUGCAAACUGAUGGUUUCGAGUACUUGAAGGAAAGUUGCCCAUCUGUUUUGACUGAGCUUUUGGAGUACGUGGCUAGAUUUACCGAGCAUUCGGAUUUUUUAUGCAAGCAUAGGAACGAAGCAAUACUCGAUGGCAGUGAUGUAAAUGGAAGGCGGGUGAAGCAAAGACUAUACUGUGAUAAAUGACCAGGUCAUCGAAGAACCCCGUUCCACUCACAUUAAAAAUUACAGUGAGCCAUGGACACAGGGAUAUGAUAAGCAUUUAUAGGAUUAGUGGCAAUUUUUAUUUGUCAUAGCUUACUCCAUGCCUAGAUGUAAAUGUAAUGUGUUUGGUGUUGUUUCAGGUUUGUCUACGUUAGGUUUCUCACUUUCUCUAACAUUGUGUUCACUGUUGUAGUAAAAGUCUUUGCCGAAAUGAAAAUUAUUGAUGACUCUGACCA